AUGGACCGUCUGGUUAUUUGCGUGCUGCUGUGUGCAUUUCUGGUGAAGGGAUACAGCUGCCCGGGCCGCUGUAUCUGUCAGCACCUCUCACCCACUCUGACUUUGCUGUGUGCUAAGACGGGUCUGUUGUUCGUACCACCCACCAUCGACCGCAAGACCGUAGAGCUGCGACUCACAGACAAUUUCAUCACCGUCAUUCGUAGGAAGGACUUUUUCAACAUGACUAGUUUGGUCCACCUCACCUUGUCCCGGAACACCAUCAGCCAGAUCAUCCCCCACUCCUUUGUCGGCCUGCGGUCCCUGCGGGCGCUCCACAUGGAUGGAAACCGCCUGAGUGCAAUAAAGACUGACCAAUUUAAAGGCCUCAUCAACCUGCGGCACCUCAUCCUUGGAAACAACCAAAUCGCGGAGGUGGCCCCUACCUCCUUUGAUGAGUUUGUUUCCACCAUAGAGGACUUGGAUCUUUCCAGUAACAACCUGCGCACCCUCCCCUGGGAAGCCAUAGCCAGAAUGACCAACAUUAACACACUCACACUGGACCACAACCUGAUUGACCACAUUGGAGCUGGCACUUUCACAUUGCUCACCAAACUGGUUCGCCUGGACAUGACCUCGAACAGGCUGCAGAAACUGCCGCCAGACAGCUUAUUCCAGCAAGCAGAGGUCCUGUCUGACACCAAGGGCUCCAGCUUCUCUACGCUGGCAGUGAGCUUCGGUGGAAACCCUCUUCACUGUAACUGUGAGCUGCUGUGGCUGCGCAGGCUGACAAGAGAGGAUGAUCUGGAGACCUGUGCCUCGCCAGAGCACCUCAUGGACAAGUAUUUCUGGUCCAUCCAAGAAGAGGAGUUUAUCUGUGAGCCUCCGCUGAUCACCAAGUAUCUUUCCACUAAGCCUUAUGUGAUGGAAGGGCAGGGUGUGACUCUUAAAUGCAAAGCAGUGGGUGACCCAGACCCAGAUAUUCACUGGCGGUCACCAGACGGCAAGCUGGUGCAUAAUAACUCCCGCACCAUCCUGUAUGAUAACGGCACCCUUGAUAUUCUCAUCACCACGCUGAAGGACAGCGGUGCAUUUAAUUGUGUGGCAUCCAAUGCUGCAGGCAUCGCCACAGCGGCUGUUGAGAUCAACAUGAUCCCCUUACCCUUGUUUGUUAACAACACAGGCCACAUGCGUGAGGACCCCGGCCUCUCAGACAUCACCACCUCUUCUAAAUCUGGCAACGACACCAAAGGCUACGACAAGCAGGACAGGAGGGUGAUGGUCACCGAGCUGACCUCCUCCUCCACUGUGAUCCGUUGGCCUUCUGAGCGCCAUAUCCCCGGCAUCAGGAUGUACCAGAUUCAGUACAACAGCACGGCAGAUGAUACUUUGGUGUACAGAAUGAUCCCAUCUACCAGCAAGAACUUCUUAAUCAAUGAUCUGGCCGCAGGACGAGAGUAUGACCUUUGUGUGCUGGCGGUUUACGACGACGGCAUCACAUCAUUAACGGCCAUACGUGUGGUUGGCUGUGUGCAGUUCCAUACGGCCAGUGAGGUCAGCCAGUGCCGCUUCAUGCACAGCCAGUUUUUGGGAGGCACAAUGAUCAUCAUUAUCGGUGGUAUAAUUGUUGCUUCAGUGCUGGUGUUCAUUAUCAUCCUGAUGAUCCGUUACAAGGCCUACAGCGACCCAGAGGACAGCAAGACCAAGGUCAGUUCCAGCAUGCACUCGCAAACCAAUGGCAGCCAGCAGCGGCUUCAGCGCUCCGCCUCCAAGCAACUGUCUGAUGAGGGCCAGCGUGAAGCUCACGCACCCAAAGAAGUCAUGGCGCUGGUGCUGAGGGUGGAUAAUGAGAAGAAAGAGAAUCCAGCAGCCACCACUGCCAUCCUGGAGGUGGAGCUGCCGCCCAUGACUGUCGACAAGAUGCAGAGAAGAACCAGUCUGGAUGCACAGCGCUCUGGCCCCCCAUCUGAGGACACACAGACGGACAGUAGCCUGACGGGCUCCACCAUGUCCCUGUGUCUCAUAGGCCCCAACGCUGGCACCAAGGAGGCUCCCAGGCUCAAGGACAAGAAAAGUGCUCUGGCCAACAUGGGAUUGCUCCCUAAUGAGCUGGCACGAACUAGGCACAGAUUCUCAUUUGACGGAGGGGAUUACUCCAUUUUUCAGAGUCAUAGUUACCCACGCAGAGCGAGGACGAGGUGGCACAAGUCCACCAACCAGCUCAACAUGGAGUCAUCGCCGCUCGCCAACAGGAGAGUUACAUUCAGCAGCACUGAGUGGAUGCUUGAGAGCACAGUCUGA